UCCCAUCGGAGUUUCAGGUGAAUGGGUCACCGAGGGAGGAGGCCGGCCACGCCACACCUCGUCGCCUGUGCCCACCUCCCGGCCCUUCUUUCCUUAGACGACAGCGGUGGAGUUGCGGGAGAGAGAUCCAGAGCCUGGAGCAACGCGGCUAGGGGCGCAGCAGGUCUGCUUGUCUUGGGAGCCUUGACAUCUUGUUCAUCAUAAAGAUCAGGUGACCAGUGACAUCAGCCAUGUCUGUGAGGCCUUUUGAGAGUCCACCUCCUUACAGGCCGGAUGAAUUCAAACCCAAUCAUUAUGCCCCAAGCAAUGACAUGUAUGGCGGAGAGAUGCACGUUCGACCAAUGCUCUCUCAGCCGGCAUACUCUUUUUACCCGGAAGACGAAAUUCUUCACUUCUACAAGUGGACAUCGCCUCCAGGGGUGAUUCGGAUCCUGUCUAUGCUCAUCAUCGUGAUGUGCAUCGCCGUAUUUGCCUGCGUGGCUUCCACACUUGCUUGGGACAGAGCCUAUGGAACGGGCAUCUUUGGAGGAAGUAUGAACUACCCUUACGGCAGCGGCUUCGGUAGCUAUGGAGGUGGCUUCGGAGGUUACGGUUACGGCUACGGUUACGGCUACGGAGGGUACACAGACCCCAGAGCGGCAAAGGGUUUUCUGCUGGCCAUGGCGGCCUUUUGCUUCAUCGCUUCCUUGGUGAUAUUCGUUACCAGCGUCAUUAGAUCGGGAAUGUCCAGAACGAGAAGAUACUACUUGAUCGUGAUCAUAGUCAGCGCAAUCCUGGGCAUCAUGGUGUUCAUUGCCACGAUCGUGUACAUAAUGGGAGUCAACCCGACUGCCCAGGCUUCCGGAUCUAUGUACGGUUCCCAGAUCUAUACCAUCUGCAGCCAGUUUUAUACUCCUGGAGGCACUGGUCUCUACGUGGACCAAUAUUUGUAUCACUACUGUGUGGUGGAUCCCCAGGAGGCUAUAGCCAUUGUCCUGGGGUUCAUGAUUAUUGUGGCUUUUGCUUUAAUCAUUGUUUUUGCUGUGAAAACCCGAAGAAAGAUGGACCGGUAUGAUAAGUCUAAUAUUUUGUGGGAUAAGGAACACAUUUAUGAUGAACAGCCCCCUAACGUGGAAGAGUGGGUUAAAAAUGUGUCUGCAGGCACACAAGACAUGCCUCCACCCCCAUCUGACUAUGCGGAAAGAGUCGACAGUCCGAUGGCCUACUCCUCCAACGGCAAAGUGAAUGGCAAGAGAUCCUACCCAGACUCUUUGUAUAAGUCACCGCCUCUGGUGCCAGAAGUAGCCCAGGAGAUUCCUCUGACCUUGUCCGUGGAUGACUUCAGGCAGCCUCGGUACAGCAGCAAUGAUAACCUAGAAACACCUUCUAAAAGGACUCCCACGAAGGGGAAAGCAGGGAAGGUGAAGAGGACAGACCCAGACCACUAUGAAACCGACUACACGACAGGUGGCGAGUCCUGCGAUGAGCUGGAGGAGGACUGGGUCAGGGAAUAUCCACCUAUCACUUCAGAUCAACAGAGACAACUCUACAAGAGAAAUUUUGAUGCAGGUCUACAGGAGUAUAAGAGUUUACUGGCAGAACUCGACGAAGUCAACAAAGAGCUCUCUCGUCUCGACAGAGAACUGGAUGACUACAGAGAGGAGAGCGAAGAGUACAUGGCUGCUGCUGAUGAAUAUAACAGACUAAAGCAAGUUAAGGGAUCUGCAGAUUAUAAAAGCAAGAAGAAUUACUGCAAGCAGUUGAAGAGCAAAUUAUCACACAUCAAGAGGAUGGUGGGAGACUAUGACAGACGGAAAACCUAGACAGAUGCUGGUUGCCGGAGAAGUGAGAGAGAGGUGCAUCUAUCUACCUGCCUGGUGUCUGCAGUUCUCCCCAGAGGCAAACUGACUUUGGACUCUCGUCUGGGAAGUUAAAACUUUGUGAUCAUUACAAAGUUUCCAUAGCUUUAAUACCAUCCGUUUCCUGUCUCCAGUAUUGAAGCAUUUUAUAAAUGGCUUUUGAUAAU